AGUGAGCCCAGGCCGCAUGGGGAUGCCCGUUACUGAGCAUUUUUCACUGACUCAAAUGGGGAUGACCUCAUUUCCAUAACAUCAGGAGAGGACUAGGGCGUGAUAGACACUUCUGAUAAGUAACGCUGUACCUCACUUUGACGUCACGGUCUGCGCUCCUCACUGGGCGAUGGGAGAGUGGGUGUGUUUAACGGGGGACUUCAUUCAUAAAUACAAAAAGAUUUAAAAGCCCGAAUUAAAGAGAAGAUCGGGGAAUCGUUUGCGAGCGUUUUGUCUCAUGGACCACGUGAAUUAUAGGGGGACACUCUCUCUGGCUUGGACCAUGAGCAAUGAGUCUGCCAUAUGGACAAACCAGAACAGAACUUACCCCACCGACGUCCCGCUGUCAUCAGGGACACAGAAUGGCUAUGUCCUCCUGCUGGUCCUCUUGUCCAUCUUUGUCGGGGGGACACUGGUCCUGCUCUCUGUCCUUCUGAUUGUCUGUCGCCGUUGUUGUGAAGGGGACAGACGCCAUGCAUGGGUCAUUGUUUGCCUCAGGGCUAGCGAUGACACCGAGAAAAGUAAUACCAGCUAUAUUGAGGAGGGCCAGCCAGUGCACGAGAUUACGAUUCGCGUCGAUGAGUCAGAUUGCCUGUCGGCAGCCAGCUCCCACGACAUGGAGACAGAGCGUUUCCUCUCCACGGGCACAACCGGCCGCCGGGUGUCCUUCAACGAAGCAGCGCUCUUCGAUCACAGCAAGAAAACACAGGAGAAGGGUCGAAGCACCAUCCACGAGUGUGAGUCAUCAGAGAACAGUAUUGCCAUGACAACGCGCCCCGUCGCUAAAUCCAGCCUCUCAGUUUUUCAGCCACCAGUAUUUUCACUGCCCCAGACUGCCCUGACCAACCGGAGUCUCAGUCCCAGCUCUGCCCUUCCUGGCGACGCUCUCAAUUCCACUGUGGACACGACAUUCUUUGAGAGCAUCACAGCGGCCGGUCCUGAGCUGUCCAGCCCGUGUCUAAUGGAGGUCAGAGGAGGAGUCAGGAGGAGCACAGGCAUCAUGGGUAACGGUAGAGAGUGUGCGUCGGCCUCAUCCAUGGCCCUGUCCUCCUCUGGCGGGGCCCCACAGGGCCCCAUGCUGCAGUUCUUCACCAAGCUCCGCCGACACGCCAGCCUGGAGGGAGCGAGUCCCUACUUCAAGAUCAAGAAGUGGAAGUUCGACAGCAGCCAGAGAGCUUCAAGUCUAGACAUGAGAGGUUCCCCCAAGCGGAGGCAGUUCCAGCGGCAGCGUGCAGCCAGCGAGAGCAUGGACCAGGAGGAGCAUGACGGCCAUCACAUCGACCUCAUCCAGUACAUCGCUCGCACCAAGGAUGUCACCUACUGCCACACCCGGCUUAGUCCACGUCUUCUCCCCCCCAUUUCCACACCCCCACCCUCCCUCGGCAGGUUAGAGGUGGAGGUGAUGGUGGAGCCCAGCUGCAGCAGAGCGAUGGGUCCCGGGGUGAUCGGCCUCACCUCUGAGUCCCCGCAAGAGAGUCUUGGAAUGGGCUACCAUCAGGAGAGCUUAGAACCUCAGACCUUGUACCGUGAUAUCUGGACUCUUCGAGCCUCUCUCGAGCGGUAUGUCUCGUCCGACCAGAGCAGCAACAACGACAAAGACUCUGUCCGUAGUGACGCAGACAGCGUGUGCUCUUUAGGGGGUAAGACCGAGAUAGGAGGGCUGCCUAGGUACCCCUCGCAGGAUAUUGGGGAUGAGAUGGAGGGGGAUGCGGACGUGCCUCUAGAUGAGGGAUCGGAGAAUGGUCGCAAACAGGAUAGUGUCGAUUCUGAAAGGGGAAGUGACGGGGAGCCAGGAAACCGCAAGCUGCUCCAAAUGGACAGCGGUUAUGCCUCGAUAGAAGCACCUUCGCGUGCUCCCGAGGAGUUGCGACUGUUUGGUAGCAGCAGUAGCAGUAAGGACGGCUCUGCCGUGGAGCGCAGGCACUUCUUCAGUUCUGGUCGCAAAAGGACCGUGUGCGAGAGCUUCGACACGGACAUCUUCGACGAAGAACUCGAAGAGGAACCUGCGGGUGCCAGCAGCGGUGUGGAUGGAGUGGAAACGGACGAGAGCACCAUGCCGUGGUCCCCCUAUAGCCAGAUGUUCACUCAACACGACGUUCAACCUCAUCCCCCCGUCCUUUCCCGGCGUGACUACAGCAUCGAUGAGAAAACCGACGCACUUUUCCACGAGUUCUUGCGGCACGACCCGCAGUUCGAUCAGCAGGAGUCUCCGCUGCACUCCAAGCAUCGUUCCCGGGUGCACCUGCGUAAGCAGUGGCAGCGCUCCAAACAGUACAGCGACCCCGGCCAGCGCUUCCAAUCCUCUUUUGACCGGUACCGCACUCCUCUCCGACGCGGUGAAACUGUCAACUACCCUCUAGAGACUAGCUACCACAGCACACUCCCACGAAUCAUUAGUGCACCUGACGAAGAGAGCAGCGAAGGUGCAACAAGUACACCCGAGACACCCAAGGCAGAUCAGGAUACCGCUACUGAUGUGGAUCCCGACAAGAUAAGAAUAUCUUCCAGCACCGAAAGCAGCGGAACCAUCAAUGAAAAGGAAGCCCUCGAGGCAUCGCAGCCCCCUCCAAUGACUGACAUUGCUGGAGAGCAAUCGCUGGGCCGGGAGAACUCUAGGCAAACAUUGCCACCGCCUGAGCCUUCUGAUGAACAUACACCCAAAUGUACAAGCUAUGGCCCACAGACAAUCACAGAAGAGCUGAGAGACAAGCUAGCGGCAACACUCGAAGAGCGGCUGUACUCGGAUCUCCGCAGGACCAGGGAACUGCCCGAGUGUAGUGCAGUGACUGUGACCUACACAUCGCCCGAUCACAGUCCAGUGUAGCAUGUGGCUCCCUUCAUCUCCUCGUGCAAGAACACUUUGUGGCAACUACAGGUCCAAAGUUUUGAUUGACAUUGGCUCUGACAUUGGACAUUGGAACAGGUUUGCUUUGGUCAUUUAAAUGGCAUUGAAAUCAUUCUCAUUAUGUCCUAGACCAGUGGUGUAGAGACAUUUCUUCCAUGCUCAGUGUUAAAUAAAUGGCAAUUAAGGCUCAUACCUCAUGUUGCUCAAUGCACCAAGUCUUAAACAAAUGAAAUGUCAAAGUCUGUUAUUAUAGCUCUCCAUUUAGCUACUUGUUGACUUCAAAAGCCAAUAUUUUCUCUGCACUAGGUAAUCCACUGUGAAAUUGGGUGCUAUUAGAUUAAAGAUUGAUUAUAUUUGUGAUUGCAUGACUUAUAUUGCAAUGCUGCCUAUCCGGAUGUCUGUUCAUGACCCAAAUCAAUAUUAUUUUCUUUUACUUGUUUUUAAAUGUACAAGCUAGCCCUCCGUUCGGUUAUUAUGUUUUGUUUCUGAAGUUGUAAAAUACUCAGUACUACUUAUUAUUAGCAUCUGGGAUUUUGUUGUGUGGUUGAACCUGCUUUAAGAUUUUAGAAAAAAAUGCUAUAAAUUAUAAAUCAUAAUUGGAAUAAACUUUAGAAAUUUCCUUGUAUGGGUAGACAUGUCUGAUUACGUCACAUAACUCGUAUUUCAAAAACAACAGCAUAUCUGAAACACCAUGGCACUGGGCCAGUUCCUAAGCAAACAUAAGUCUUUUCCCUUUUAAGUUCACAGUGUUUAUAAUUUGGGUUAAAUAAAAUGGGAUUAGUUGCACUGCACUACAUCACUAGCCGUGUUAGCUUGGUCCCCACCAACACGUUUCCAAUCCAUUAUUAAGUGUCCUUGUCAUUUAAUAGUGUUAUUUUACCAUUGAAUACUGAAUGGCUAAAAUUGCCUCUUUGUGAGAUACUGUAAUUUUAUGACCAUUGAAUUAUUAUUUUCUAUUAUAAGCUUUUCAUCUUUUAAGUGUAUCAUUUGUUCUGUAUCGUUGAUCAUAUCUGCGAGAAUGAGAAAAAGACAGAAUGAUUUUUGAGUAUACAGUGGCAAACUGUUGUCAGGUAUUACCAAGAUAAAACAUUAAAACACUGUAAGCAACAGUUGGGAAAACGGGGAAAGAAAAGACAGUCCUGCAAAAUAAUGAUCACAGAUAUGCCUCUCCAAGGGUUUGAAUCAGGCCUGAAAUUUUUUAAAGAAUUUCAUUGUGAGAAGGGCAUGCCUUUUCUUGCAUGUAUUUCCCGAAAUGAGCUCUGUGUGUUCGUUAACAUUAUUUUUAUGUGAAAAUUACCAAGACAAGAAUCCCUAGAGGUGGAUGACUGCACAUGCUGCCUUUGUACAGAAGCGUUAUUUAAAAUAAUUUAAAGCAAAUCCCACUGCCCAGCAUAAGCAACUGUUGAAUCUCGGUACAAAUGCCACCAUUCACGUUGAUUUGAAUUAUUCCAAUAAAAUGGGAUUCUAGUAUUCCUGUCUGUCAGCUCACAGUAUGGGUUGCAUUCUGUAUUGAUCAUUAUGGGUUUGAUCUUCUUGGAAGCAUGCAAACAAAAGGUUGUCUUUGGCAGAUUCUCAAUUGUGAUGUGUUGGAAAGUCUAUCUUUGUGAAAUCUGAGCGAAAAGGCCAUUGGUGAUAGAGGCUCUUGAUGUAAUGAAGAAAAACCUUGGGUAGCAUCCACAGGUCUUGUCUAUGAAGGCUCACAUUGUUUUGUGGCCUUUUAGGGUGAUUGUUUGAAACGUACUGACCAUCUCACAUGAUUACUAUGGUGCCUUCCUGUGUGUUUAACAUUUAAUGGGAUAGUUCACCCCCAAAAAAAGUCCAUACAGUGAAAG